AUGUUCACAUAUACACAUGAUGCGCCAGUCCUACAAGGAGACUCGUUACAGAUCAAAGAACUUACCAUUUCGCAUCUCGCUGACUACAAUGAUCCCAGAGUUAUCCAGUCCAAGGCCUGGAACAAGUUACUCCGGUUGCCGACUCUCAUCGACCUGAAAUUGCUCGUGGGAGAAGACCACGUCAAAAACAGAACCAACCUCUCGACUGAGAGGUCCGAAUUCUUCAGUGUGUUGCCGUCAAAGUGGCUUCAACCUGAUAUAGUCCAGAAACUACAAGUACUUUCAUUAUUCUAUACAGACUUUUGGGGAUUGUUUCCGAGAAUGGACCUGGACCAACUUGGCGACUUGCCAUCCCUCAAGGUUCUGGCUCUUGGGCGCUAUAUCUUUACCGAUAAGAAACAGACAGAAUGGAUCGCGUCUCUGGGGCAGAAAAAUAAGAGCGGCGGGUUGGAAGAGCUUUACCUUGAUGAAUAUUGUGUAUUGUUUGAGGCUAAGCAGCAUGGGCCUUUGACAGCUGGUAGUUAUCCAGUCCCAGGCACUGUCAUGGACCAUAACACUGAUAUAGAACGCACCGAAUACAGAAGAAGAUGGCAUCACGUACUUUGGAGACUUUGGUUGUCCCACUCGCAGCAUAGGGUCUUUUUGUCCAUGGGUCCGUUCACUGAGGCCAUGUUGAACGCGAACAACCCGCCAGAGUGGUAUUUCGGGCACAAUCGCCACAGAUUCUUUGCAGAUCCUGGACCAAAAGACUUUGUCGUGCGCCUCUUCGACGCCUAUCGGUCACGUCGCAAGAGCUCGAGGGCGGUGCCAAUGGGGAACUACUUGCUGGGCGCGGGAUUGACACAGAGUCGAAGAGCUCAGAUGCGAUACGCUAGGUGUGACGUUGGCUUGCCAUAUGGUUGGUUUAUUGGCAAUCAGUCUACUAAAAGCGGUUCCGAUCGUCCUUGGGCACCUGAGCAAGAAACUGUCGGGUUUGACGAUGCUGCUUACGCAUUGCUUAUGGAGACUAUCCGAGAUAGACUAAGAUCUUAG